CUUUAUUAUCAUUGUUCAAGUGCAACAAAUAUUUGUACGGCUGUUUCUGAGUUUGUUUAUUGUUCUUUUUGUUUCUGAUAUUUUUUUCGAGUCAAAGAUGAUGGAAAGAGACAGUGCCGGGUUUUUCUUUGUCGACGCACUCUCGCUGUGUCAAACUUCUGGCAGACCAUACCAUUUGGAGAAACGAUUUUUGCACAACGUGAAUUAUCAAACUACCACCACCACUUUGCAAGCGGCGGAGAUCAAAAGACAAGCGUUUCUGGAAGCUCGACGUCAAAAACUCAAUCAAAAGUUUCUUCAAGUGACACGAGUCGUCAAGGAAAAUCAAGCCCGCAAAGAGAAUCGUCAUUUACUGUUUCUUCGAUCGCUGGAGCUGGCCGAAUCAAAACGCAACCAUCACCUCGAACAAAGAAGAUCAGCCAGUAAAAAAUCAGUUGAGCGAGCCAAAAUCAUUGCUCUUCAGCACCACCGAAAAUAUCAAGCUGAACGAGAGCAACUACGAAGACAUCUAGAAGAACGUUUGGAAAAGACCAAUACUCGUCGUCUUCACUUAUUGAAGCUUCCCAAAUCAAGCUUACUAAAGACACACAAAAUGCGGGAGAAGGAGGAGACCAAGACCAUGUCGAAAACCUCCACAACCACCGUUCCGUCACCUGAGAAGCAGAGAAAGCAAUCAUGGUUGACCUUACUCCAAGCGUUUCGUGACCUUGGACUACCCAAUCCACUGCACCGAGAUACUUGGCAAGAAUUUGGUCCACUGGGAGAUUUGCUGAGAAAGCCCCAAGUGAUUAUUAUCACCUCCAAGAUUUUGAACGUCGCUUUACGCAAAACAGAUAAAGAAUGCAGCAGAAAGCGUGCACGUGUCCUUCUGACCGCCUAUAUGAUCCUCAUGUGCCCUGCUGAAGUACUGCAGGACGCAGAGGGUGCACAAGAACAGCAACUGCGAACGGUUGCUAAGGAAACGCUGGAAAAUUUUGAAUCUUGGCUUCAACUUCACGAUGAUUCCGCUGGCUUGACUGCCAAACGAUCUUUUCAGGACAGUUGGAGAAAUUUUUACCAACAGUUUGAAGCCUGGCGAACCAAAGAUCACGAUGCCCUGGUCAACAAUGUGUUUGAUUAUUGCAUUGAACUGUUGCAACUGAAAACCCUUUUAGCAGAGAACGAUGAUCCAUCUCCGAUGAUGCAGGUGGAGCAGCAAUUGAGCGAAGUGAAAUCACGUUUGCGACAGAUUGGUGGCCAAAGCGCACUGGACCGAUUAGCAGUUGCUGAACAGAAUCUUGAUCAGGGAUCGGUAUCGGAAGAUGGGCCAUCAUCAACACCGCGUUCCCCGGAUAAAAUUGAUAAAACCGUCAACCCUGAGGAGUUCACCAAAUUACUGUCAAGCUAUGCACCGUACAUGUCCUCUGCCAUUACCAAUGAGCAACUGGUCCACGAGCUGAUACUGGAUCCUGAAUUCAAACUGCAAAAGUAUCGGCCACGCUCCGAUCUGGAGGAUCGCGUGAAAACAAUGGCAACAAAAGCGUUUUUCGAUAAAAUAGCUGAAGAAUACGACCGGGGUGAUUGGCAAACGAGUAUAGCACCAUUAUUGCAAGAUGUCCGAGAGCAACUUGUAGCGCUCGUGCGCCCAGGAACAGCCGUUCACUCCAGUAUUUGCGAAACAUUAGACAUCAAUUUACUGGAGCAGCAGUCGAGCAAGAAUAUUUUUGACAUUGACAAGACAUUGACCUAUAUUGGCACCAUCAUGAGCCACAUCUGUGCUCCUGUGCGCGAUGAGGUGAUUCAUGAACUGCCUCAUUUAGAAACCAUGGAUCGUUUGCACCGGAUCUUGGAGAUCCUGGAAGACAUGACUCUCGACCUGGCCAACUACCGGUUGCGUGCCCUCCGUCCUCACUUGAUGCCCAUUGCCGUCGAGUAUGAACAGUCAAAGUUUGCCGAAAAAAUGGGCAAGGGAGAUUUACCAAACACAACUCAAUGGAUCGCAGAAAGUUUCAAGCGUUUGUACGAUGCUGCAGCUGGAAGAGACCCGGAAGGCAUUUUGCCGCCAAAACAAUGCAAUCCAUCUUUGGACGAUACAUUUGAAGAAGCUAUGAUAUCAUUGAUCAUGUCACCAGACCUGAUCACCGUGGAUACUUGCCCCGAAACACUCGUCAUGGAUAGGCAGCGAUUAUUGGAUUAUCAGAACCAGGCCCAAGCGGUCACCAUGGUAGCUGCGCUGUUGAUGCUCGCCAAAAACGUCAAUACAUCCAAAUCCGCCGAAUUGCACUCUCUUUCGGACAAGCUCUUUUUGCUUUUGGAAGAUCAUAGUACGACCGUCGACCAUCUUGCGGCAGAAAUUGACGCCGCCGUUGCUGUACGAGAUGAAUCCCGGCUUAUGAUGCGAUCGAUGGUGGACAAGACAUUGUCGCACAGUGACAGCUUAUAUUCGCUCCUGUCACGUCGUGUUGGAUCCGUACUCAAAUCCUAUAUUCAUUCUUCCGGAGAAUUCGUCACACCGGCUAUCCUGACCAGCUAUGGUUUAGAAUAUGUAGACAAACCAUUGAAAAGCCUAUGUCGCAGUGUACUGGCACUCGUCCUUCAUCAUCGUCAGGUGUACAACACUUAUUAUAGACAAAUCAUACGUAAUAUCUCUGUAGGUUCAUAAAUAGCUCCAACAUUCACGAAAUAAAGUAAUCAACAAGAG